GAGAAAAAUGAAACCAGGGCAGAGUGGGAUGAAGUCAGGGCAGAGUGAGAUACCAUACUGGUCAAGCGAAAUUGUACCAUAAACAUAUACAACCGGUAUAAUAUCCCCGAAGUAUCCUCAUGGGCGUGUUUGGUCGAGACCGUCACCGUUUCGCUGAACGAGCCGGAACACACGCUCAGACAGACCACACACCCACUCCUCAGACAGACCACACACCCACUACUCAGACAGACCACACACCCACUCCUCAGACAGACCACACACACACUCCUCAGACAGACCAAACACCCGCUCCUCAGACAGACCACACACACACUCCUCAGACAGAUCACACACACACUCCUCAGACAGACCACGCACACUCCAUCGUAGACGCCACAAAUGAGGCGCACAGCGCUACACGGAUGCGAAGGCACAGAGUUAUAGAGGUCACGCACACUCGUGCGAUAGGACGCAGAAGAGCAGCUGCUACCUACUCGAGCUACAUCGGGAUCUCGCCCACGUUGGUGACAAGAGAGUGGCCUUUUGAACCCAAACGCGAGGGUAUGAAAUGCCCCAAAACGGCAGUGUUUGCACUUAGACUCCAGACCUGCGCGCAUGUGGAACCUAACUAGUACACGUGUGUGUAGAGCCUUUUUCAACCGCACUGUUUACAGUUACAAUCUAUAAAUAGAAUAGGGUAGAACGUACCGAUACCGAACGAUGGCUCGACGACA